GCGAGCUCGCGCGGCCGCCGCCGCCUCCGCGGCCGCCCACCCCACCGCGCCGCCGGCGCUGCCGGUCUUGCAGGAGGCCACCGGGGAGGGGCGGCUGAGAGAAAGGAGCGCGAGGAGGUGGAGGCGGCGGAGAAGUGAUGCUGGCGCCGGGGAGCCGGGCAGCGGCAGCGGAGCAGCAGCAUCUUCGGGACCCCGGCUGCAGCGUCCCUGUGGCCAGCGGGCCAGCCGAGCGGCGGGAGACCACGCGCCCCACUGACCCGGCAGAGACGCUUCAGGAACUGCCCAGUCCCAGAGAGGAGGGAUUGCGUGAAGACACCAGCGCUUUUCCAUGAGGCCAGUGUGGAAGUUUUCAUUAUAAGGAGCCUGCCAUUUGCUAAGCAGCAGCUUCUCCUGGCCUGAGCUACUGCACAUCUCCUCCUCAGACAGACUGAGGCCAUGCUUUGUGCUCCACGCCUGGAGUAAGAAGAAGGAGACCCAGCAAGGCUGGUCCAACAGCUUUUUUAAAAUUCCCCAGGUCCCUGUGUUUAUGGAGUCCCUUCUCCGAGAAAAUCAUACAGAAAGAUAUCAGAGUUAAGUGGAAGAUUUAUGAGGCACGGGAACUUCCAUCAGGUUUGGGAGAAAGUAGAGUCAAUGCAGAGAUGCCAGACGGCUACUGAGCCCCAUGGACAGUCCCACCCUCACACUUCUCCAUCAAACUUUAAGCUUUACUAGUAAUAUGCUGCCUUUGCAAAAUGAAAAGAAACUAAUGCCAAGAAGGCAUAUUCUUCAAUAUUGGGAAUAGACGUGCUCUCAAGACAAUGGCUUCCAAGGUCUCCUGUUUGUAUGUUUUGACAGUUGUGUGCUGGGCCAGUGCUCUCUGGUACUUGAGUGUAACUCGCCCUACUUCUUCCUACACUGGCUCCAAGCCGUUCAGCCAUCUGACCGUGGCCAGGAAAAACUUCACCUUUGGCAACAUAAGAACUCGACCUAUAAACCCACAUUCUUUUGAAUUUCUUAUAAACGAGCCCAACAAAUGUGAGAAAAGCAUUCCUUUCCUUGUUAUCCUCAUCAGCACCACCCAUAAAGAAUUUGAUGCCCGCCAAGCGAUCCGAGAGACGUGGGGGGAUGAGAACAACUUUAAAGGGAUCAAGAUAGCCACGCUCUUCCUCCUGGGCAAGAAUGCUGACCCUGUUCUCAAUCAGAUGGUUGAACAAGAGAGCCAGAUCUUUCACGACAUCAUCGUGGAGGACUUCAUUGAUUCCUACCAUAACCUUACCCUCAAAACAUUAAUGGGGAUGAGAUGGGUGGCCACUUUUUGUUCAAAAGCCAAGUAUGUCAUGAAAACAGACAGUGACAUUUUUGUAAACAUGGACAACCUGAUUUAUAAACUGCUAAAACCCUCCACCAAACCAAGACGGAGGUAUUUUACUGGCUACGUCAUCAACGGAGGGCCAAUCCGGGACGUCCGCAGUAAGUGGUAUAUGCCCAGGGAUUUGUACCCGGACAGUAACUACCCACCGUUCUGCUCGGGGACCGGCUAUAUCUUCUCAGCUGAUGUGGCUGAGCUCAUUUACAAGACCUCACUCCACACAAGGCUGCUCCACCUUGAAGAUGUAUACGUGGGACUGUGUCUUCGCAAGCUGGGCAUACAUCCUUUCCAGAACAGUGGCUUCAAUCACUGGAAAAUGGCCUACAGUUUGUGUAGGUACCGCCGAGUUAUCACCGUGCAUCAGAUCUCACCAGAAGAAAUGCACAGAAUCUGGAAUGACAUGUCAAGCAAGAAACAUCUCAGAUGUUAGGAUUUUUACUGGUGUAAAUACAUUUCUUUUCUUUUUUAAGAAAUGAGGCCUAGGGUGUAGGUGUUUUACAGGUGUCACCAGGGGAAGUGAACUGGUGAAGGGGUUUUGUAAAAAGUGCUUUUCUUCCCACUGCUAGUUCCUUUCUUGGAUUACCAAUCUACAAAUGUUAAGCUCUGGUCAGAGAAAUAAUACAUGAGUUAAAAGGGCCAGAUUUCAUUCUCAGGUCCUAAGGUAUUGCAUUUAUCUCAAAAAGCAACUUCCUAACAACCACUACAAUUUACAUACUGUACAUCUGAGAUCAAAAAUCUGGUUCUGGGAAACUGGCACUCACGGUAAUGUCUUCAUAUCAUCUCUGCAAAAGGAAAUAAAUAAGUAAAUAACACUUUUUAAAAAAUAAUUCAGACAUAAUGCACAGUCAGGGAGACACACUGGAUGUGAUUAUUAAUAUUAUGUGUGCUGUUUCAUUGAAUUUUUACCUGUAUUACCAUGGAAUGUAUACAGUAUUUGUAGUUCCAUCAAGAAAUGAACUUAGUGCUGGCAGGAAGGCUGCAGUUAAAUAAAUGGGAAUUUAAACUUGAGAAUCAAAUCUUCUCUAUGUUCGGAAGACAACUCUGCUUGCUCAUCCAAGAAUUAAACCUAGUCAGCGGGUGGAAUGUAUAUAAAAUGCUACUUAACAAAAUAAACAGGAGAUUUUUUUUUUUUUUUUUGGCUCUUUCAGAACAAACAUAACCCGGUGCCUCCAAGGAGACUUUGCCAAACGUAAUCUCACCUGCUUUCCCUCCAUACCAUGUUGCUAAACACAUUGGAAAGUUUCUGGCUCAAGCAGGCACAUGUGUAGAAGUAAGUUGAUAGGAGGCCAAAAGAACAAUAAAUACCAUGGAGAAAAUACAAAUUUAUACAUGCAUUAUAAUUAACACAAACUCAGCACUGGCGUAAGGUGCACCUUCUGUACAUUUGCAAAGCACGUGAGAAAAUAUUUUAAUGGGUAGCAAUGUUAUUGAAGGAUUUAGCCCUACUGUUGAUAGAUAUAAUCUCUCCAACAUCCAAAACAGCCAAGUAUCUCUAACGGUGAUGCUGUUCGGGGGUGUUCUGGAAGCUCUGUGAUUGAGGUUUACGGAAAGGAAGGAUGGAUAAGUUUGGGUUCACAUUCUUGAUGCCAUCCCAUGGGUCACGUGAGCAGGCAUCCUCACCUGGCUGUGCUUCACUCUGCUCACUUAUAAAAAGGUUGGGAAAAACACCUACCUCACAGGUGCUGUGAGAGCAAAUCGCAUUUGCUAAGUAUUUUGAGAUCCUUAGUUUCAAAGGUGCUACUUAAUGCAACGUAUCCUGCAUUAUGCUAAAUGCUAAAAUAAUCGCAUAAUCACAGUGAUGGCCACUAGGAGUAGUAACACCAUCUUAAUGUAAAAUCGGCCAAAAUAAAGAUCAGAUAUGAAUUAUUAGUGCACCUGAUUCUUCUAAGAUUUUGACUUUUCCUUGAGUAUGCUGGGUAUUUGGGUAGGCUUCAAUUUCUCUGUCAUUUCUUCUGGUUUCAACGAGUCAGUUAUUACUUCAGUGCGUUGCCUUGCUAUCCCAGGGUGCUGAAAGGGAAAGCAGCUGCCUUUCUUUGGGGAGGAGCCUCUGGCUGGGGGUCCAUUGCAGUCACUGAAGCACAUGCUUUGCAAAAUGUAUCACAUCAACUUAGAUCUCAGGAAACAUUUGAUCUGAAUUCUCAGUAAGAGCUUUGAGGACUGGUAGAACUAGUCUGCCUCUAGCAGAAGACUAGACACUUGGCUAAGCCCUACACCACACAUUUCUACUAUUCAUUAUAAAACUUCUGUUUCUUUUCAUUCAAAGAAAACUCCACAACUGAAAAAGCAUACUCUUUUUUUUAACCUGACUUUUGCAAGCUCCCCUAGCAGUUGAUAGCAAACAUGCAGACCAAAUGUACAAAUGGAAGUCAUGGUUUAUUUCUUGAAAACACUGGAUGUCUUCUCUCCAGCCCAAGAGAACCCAAUAGGAGACAGGCCUUCCUGUCCCUUAACUCAUCUUCAUCUCAAGUCAGCAGGACUGCUGGGUUUGAUUAGAAAACAGCAUUAGGUAGCCCGGGGAGAGAUGGAUCCGCACAAGGCGAGCCACCCUCCAACCCCCAACCCUCAACUGCUGUGAGUCCCAAUCACUGGGAAAGUCUCAUGACUUUGAACUUGGUUCGCCCGUCAAGCGUGUAGUUGAAUCAAGCCUCAGUCUCAUACCAACAUCUUGCAUUUACCUUAUGCUCAGUCAAGGCACCUUCAGUGUCGAGGAAUUGCACAUUAUUAGCAUUGUAUGUGUACAUCUGUGAAUUAUUUUAUGUGUGUGUGUGAGUACAUUAUGAAUAGAGCCCUAAUCUUUAAAAGGAGCAAAAAUCAGAAAAUCAUGUCUUAAAGGACUGUUUCCUAACUUUUUUAUGCUAAGUAGUACCCACGUGAUGAACAUGUAAAUAUUCAUUGAAGACCAUGUGUAUAUAUUUUAAAGGCACUUUUUUUUCUCCUCAGCUGUACGUAUAGCUAGAAUCUGCUUGCUAUGGACAUUUUUCUUCUGCAUGGAGCUUGGUGAGACAAAGCCAUUUGUCCUGUGUUUCAAUAGCCUAAAGCAUGUUUACCCUUUGUUUUUGGAAUGUUCCAGAAAUGGUUAAGUCAAGUAAUCAGGAAAAAGCUCUAAUUUUCUACUGUUGUUAGUUUUAUGACACUGGCCAAAUGAUGGUUUCAAUUCUUUGUGAAGCUAUUUUUUAAUUUAUGAUCAAUUUCUUUGACAUAAAAUGGUGUUUCACACAGCAUUGUACCAGAAGUCAUUCAGACAGUGUCUACAAAAACCUUCUGACUGUCCCCCCACCUGUUUUUUCUUCAUUUUGCAUUGGAUAACAAAAAGUAUUAAUAACUCAUGUCUCUACUCUUAAAUCUCCAUUUAAAAUUUUAUUUUUGGAAAAAAAACUUUUGAUCUUUGGUGGCUAGUUUGUGUGGCUUUGUGUCUUCUGAUAUUGGAGCAAAUGCAGGUUUCAAUAUAUAUUAUUGUAUUUUUAAAUAACCAGAAUCAAAAAGUGAAGAUCAUUUUCAAUUUGGAAUAAAUUCAGAAGAACAAAACCCCUUUGCAUGAUAUGAUGUGGGGAGAAGAAACUCUUUACAGAGAAGCUAAGGAAGGAGUUUUUUCAAUCAAAUCUCUUCUAUCAAAAGACAAUGGAAUAUUUACAUAAAGCAUCUGGGAUUCAUUUUCUAUCUUUCCUAAUAAGUGGGUUUAGUGGGGGAAUUGAUUAUGUCAUUUCUUCUGUAAAGGUGAAGACAGUUUUUAUAAGCAACAAAGUACUUGUGAAUGAAAGAAGUAAUUUACUAGAAACACUUGUGGAUGAUAAUUGACAUUUAGGUAUAUCAUUAUAUAUGAAUGAUUGUAUUUAUGUAUUUAUUUGUCAGAAUUGUACAUACUCUUUCAACAAACGUAAUUGUCUGUAAAAAUGCACUCUUCAGGUUUGUAGGACUCCUUAGGGUUACGUGGGUUGCCAAUCCAGCUGCUAAUCAGAAUACUAUUUUUUGUAUCAAUGUUAUAAAACUGAAAAAUGACAAAUAGAUGCAGAAAAUGUCUCUACUUUCAGUUUCUUCACCUUCCUCGUGAAAUGUAAACUGUUGAUUGGAAGCACGAUGCUAAUGUAUAAGCCCAUCUGUCAUGAGGAAGACUAUGGUUCCAUAAAGCUGAUUUUUUUAAACCUUUGGGACAAAUAAACAGAAGGAGAACAUAUUUUCCACUUUGCUUCUUUUCUGAAAGUGUCUUUGGUGAGAGUUGAUCACUGAAAUGAGCCGAUGUCCUGUCGUAUUUUAACCUUCCCUACAACCUCAGUACAGGUGACAGUUCAAAUCAUUUGGAGCUUGUCCACAAGAGCCCAGGGCAACUUAACAGUCAACUCAGAGAUAACUUGGUCUAGUGAACCAUGGGCUACUCCAAGAGUUAUGAAAUUAUUAUUUCCCUUGCCCCUUGGCGACCUCACGGAAGUCUGUGACCAAUUCUAUAGGUGGAAUAUGCCAACAAAUUCCAAUCCAGAGAGCGUUAUACUGAUAAUGUGCUUGAUGCAUUAGGACAUGUCACAUCUAAAGCAAAGCUGUCAUUCUUAUGUUUCAGCCACAGAGAGCCUUUGGAAUAUUGCAUGCUCUUUUAAAAAUUUGAUGGGGAACCAGGAAAGUGCUGUUCAGGCGUUCUUCACCUGUAGACGCUGAUGCCUGACCUUGCAAGCUAGAGACUAAUAGCUGUUUCAGAGACAAAAGUUCCUGAUCUAGCUAAAUACGUCUUCACUGUUUAACAGAAAUCUAACUUGGGAUUUUCUGCCCUGUGCCUUGGCGCUCAAAAAGGUGAAGUCUAUCGGGUAAGCUGAAAUGCGAGCAAAUGAAAUAUGUAGAUCUGUAUUCAGUGUGACUUUUUAAAAGGACCAGUGUCAAGCACGGUGUUCUAAAAGUAUGGCCUCAGACCAGGAGCAUCGGUGUCAGGUGAGAAUUGGUUAGAAAUGCAAAUUCUUGGGCCCCACCAGAAACUUGGGGGUGUGGCUCGGCAGUGUAUUUAACAAGCUCUUUAGAUGAUUCUGAUGCACCCUAAGGCUGCGAACACUGAUGAAGAGCAGGAGCUGGCAAACUGCACUCUGCGUGCGAACCGCAUCGAGCCUGCCGCCCACAAGCUGAGAAUGGAUUGGUGAUGAACAUUUGCAGUGACUCGAGGAUGGGAGACACAUUGAACUCCAGUGAAGCAAAAUGUUACCCCAACAGGAAGGACUCUGCUUUUCUCAUUAGUAGGAAAAGUUUGCUGACCUCUGACUUAGAGAAACAAGAAAACAUCUGAUAAGGGUGCUGCAUACGAAUUCCUCCAGUUGUAAAUGAGCAGUCACAUCAGUAAAGCAUACUGGAAUGGUCUCUGUGCAGCCAGGGAAGUGACAAUGGAGUCCUGAUCAUGAAUUGCAUUAAAAACCAACAGCUGCAUAUAUUUUAAAAAUAUUUCCCUUUUCUCGUUCAGAGUGAUUUUUUAAAAUUGUAAAAGCUUGAUUUUAAUUGUAACAAUUACCCAAAGCUUAAUUAAUAUAUUGCUUAAAGAUGUGUGGGUACCGGACCUAAGAGGGUGGGUUUCAUAUAGCUUGAUUAUCAUAAUUACAAGCAUUCUAUUUUCUCAUUUACUUAAUUGAUUGUCAUAGCUUUCCAGAUGAAUUCAUGCUGCUGGAAGAGAAUUGAAUACAUUUCUGAGAGGGGGGAUAAUACCCAGAAAUGGGGCUGUUUAAAAAAGCGAAGUGUCCCAGAAUAUAACCCAUGUGAGCAUGAAAAAUUGCCCUUGAUAAUAUCUCCUUACCUCUUUGCUGGUUAAAAUAGGCAUUUUCGUGAGAUGAGAGAGAAAUGAAAGAAAAAGUGUUAUUGAUUCAGCUACAUCUAUAAUAACCCUGGCCCCACUGUCUCUUCAUCAGAGGUGCCCAGCGCUCAAGAAACAUUUUCCAUUUAGUUUUCCUUAUAGAAUCUAUUAGUCUGGGACAUUAUGUCGACUAUUUGUUAUGCCUUUUGCAAUGACCUCAGUCCUCACCUGGAGGGAGCGUGGCAUGAGAGGUGAUUUAUUCUCUCUCUCAGGUUUAUUCCAGAACGUUUACUCAGCAGUGGCUGCUUGAAACGGCAGGCUGGGCACACUUACGUGUGGCGGCUUUGUGAUGAAGACUGUCUCUCAGCAGAGACAAGGAUGACCUCAUCUAGCAUGAGCUUUCAGGUGAUGCUGAUGCAGCUUGUUCGUGGACGCCCUUAGUGUAAGUGUGGCCUAAUCAUCGUCUCAGAAUGUGACCAUUCAGAUUAGCAGUCUGACCUCUUGAGGAACAACAAUUAGGGUGGGGAAAAAAGAAGCUUUUUUUGGCAUGAAAUCAGAAACAAGGUGGUCCCUCCUAGAUAAAGAACCCAGUAUUUAUUAUUGGUACCACUUUGGAAUUGAGGAAUCCAGGGGUCAAAGUAAGUGCCUUUUCCAGGAUCAAAAAAUUGAUAACCAGAAAGAGUAUUCAAACCCUAGUUCUUUUGACUGGAGUCCAAAUGCUUUUUUUCCAUUAUAUCAUACUAUUCUCCAUUCCAUUUGUAAUUUUGGAAACAAAAUAGGGGGAAACCCUGGUUUUAAAGGUUAGAAGUAACAUUAUAUCCAAGACCAAAUGGGCAGUCAGUGCUUGAAGUAAUAAACAAGCUUGGAAAGUCAGCAUGAAAAAAAAACAAUUCAGAGUCCAGGUACUCAGCCCAAAGAGUAUGCAGAUAGCUGGGAAAAUGGCCUCAGAAUCUAGGCAAGAGUCAAAGAAAUAGGUUCAAAGCAUCCAUCAGAAUUACUUAGUAUUAAAAAACAGAACCAGAUUUUUCGGGCAGGAACGCUCCUUCAGGAGUCCUUAUAACUGCCAUGCGCUGGGUUGGCUACAGGCUCCUCAGAGGGAGGGCGGUGCCUCUACUUUGAAUCUGGAAGUAACCUAGGUCAGAUGCAGCCACAAAUAAAUGUUUUUCAACAAGAACACAAAGAACACUUUGCAAAGGCUUUGCAUAUGCUUUUUUAUUUCCAAGUCAAACAAAAGGAGGCGAAAAUGACUCUAAAGUAACAAAGGAGAAGAAACAAUGAGAACUGUAAGAGGAGACCAGGGCAAAGAGCAGGAAGAAAGGGAGGUCCGAGAACAGAAAGCAGUGAUUCAAGUGAGACAGAAAAUGAGCUAGAGAAGAAACAGGAAGGGAACAGGGAGGCUCCCCAGAGGCAGUUGUCAAUCGUGCUUUUUUCUAAGUUAUGCUGAGCAGACAUUUUGGGAAGUGCAGCAGUAACUCAGGCGGCGGGCUGCAGUAUUGUCUGCUGGGCGUCCAUCUGUACAGGCGCGUGUUGUCACAGACGAUCAGGUCAGAAGUCCUACCCAGGUCUUGUUGGGCUAAGAUCAGAGUGUUGGCAGGUCUGUGUUCCUUCUGGAAACUCUGGAGAAGAAUCAAUUUCCUCGCCUUUUCCAGCUUCUAGAGGCUGCCCACAUGCCUUGGAUUAUGGCCUCUUCCGCCAUCCUCAAAGCCAUCAACUGCAGUGAUGCUCAGAGGCUGGAAUAGAGAGAAAUUGGGAUGAGUUGCCAACAUGCCACUGGGAUUUCUCCCAGAACAGAAGAAUCUCAAAAUAACUUUUGCCACUGGUCCCCUGUGCGGCCCACAUCAUUAGGACUGAUGGAUCAGGUUGCCAGGACUGAUGGUUCCUUCUCUCCUGGCUCUGUUCCCUGCAAUUUUAGAAACAGUCAGCCUCAGAAGUCAUCAGUAUAGGCACCUGGCUAUUUUGAAAUAUCUUCCACAGAUUCUCAAAUCCCCACCAGAGAUUCAUCAUUUAGAUCCCGGAGGCUGGCUUACCUAGCUUCACGUACGUUCUUCCUCUGACCUAAGAAGCUCCCUUCUCCUCCCUAAUCGGACCAAGCCCUACUUAGGACUAGCUCCGUGGAUUAACUGAAUGUCAUUUCUUCAAGGAAGCCAUACUUGAAUACUCUUCACAGCACUGUCAAAUACAAUAAAUAAAGUUUACUUAUUAAAUACAAACAAAAUAAAUAAAGUUUAAAAAUGUUGCCUGAUUAUCAAUUAAGAA